AUGGAGACUUCUUGUUUUGCUAAAAAUGUCAUUUUUGUUUGGGCUUUGGCUUUCAUCGCUUCAUCCCCUUUGGCUUGUGUUAAAGCAGCUGGAUGCACCAAAGAACAGACGAGAGCUCUCUUGGAGAUCAAGAACGCCACAAAUGCUUCUUCCCUUGCGGGCUGGGACGGAAGGAAUUGUUGUGAAGUGGAUGGAAUCAUUUGUGAUGGUAUUGCUGGAGGAGUUGGGGCAAUAUAUUGGGAAGGGGAGUACAACGACGCUUCAUCAAGAAGUACAUGGUAUCCAAAUGUAACCUUGUUCACCUUAUUUGAUGAACUCCAAGACUUACACCUUCGUUACAUGCAAAUUGGAGGAAGGCUUGAAGCUUUUUGCGAACUGAAGGGAUUACAAUAUCUGAAGUAUUUGAAUCUUAAGGAUAAUAUACUGGAAGGCGUUAUUCCCUCUUGUCUUGGGAUGAUUGGAAACCUUGAAGUACUUCGUCUAUCAAAUAAUCGUCUUUAUGGUAAUCUACCUUCGUCAAUAUUCUCCAACCAAAGCAAGAUUGAGUAUUUCGAUGUUUCGGCCAAUCAAUUAGAUGGGGUUUUAUCAUUUUCUACUUUUGCCAAUGCUUCAAGUCUCCAAGAGCUUGAUCUUUGGAGUAAUCGCUUUCAUGGUAAUCUACCUCCAUCACUAUUCUCCAAACAAAGCAAGAUUGAGAGGUUUGAUGUUUCGGACAAUCAAUUAGAUGGGGUUUUAUCAUUUUCUACUUUUGCCAAUGCUUCAAGUCUCCAAUACCUUGAUCUUUCGGGAAAUCGCUUUCAUGGUAAUCUACCUCAAUCAAUAUUCUCCAACCAAAGCAAGAUUGUGUUUUUCGAUGUUUCGGACAAUCAAUUAGAUGGGGUUUUAUCAUCUUCUACUUUUGCCAAUGCUUCAAGUCUCCAAUACAUUGAUCUUUCGAGUAAUCGCUUUCAUGGUAAUCUACCUCCAUCACUAUUCUCCAAACAAAGCAAGAUUCAGUCAUUUUAUGUUUCGGCCAAUCAAUUAGAUGGGGUUUUAUCAUUUUCUACUUUUGCCAAUGCUUCAAGUCUCCAACACCUUGAUCUUUCGAGUAAUCUCUUUCGUGGUAAUCUACCUCCAUCACUAUUCUCCAAACAAUGCAAGAUUCAGUCAUUUGAUGUUUCGGCUAAUCAAUUAGAUGGGGUUUUAUCAUUUUCUACUUUUGCCAAUGCUUCAAGUCUCCAAUACCUUGAUCUUUCGAGUAAUCGCUUUCAUGGCAAUCUGCCUUCAACAAUAUUCUCCAAACAAAACAAUAUUAAGUUGUUUGAUGUUUCGGCCAAUCAAUUAGAUGGGGUUUUAUCAUUUUCUACUUUUGCCAAUACUUCAAGUCUCCAAGACCUUGAUCUUUCGAGUAAUCGCUUUCAUGGCAAUCUGCCUUCAACAAUAUUCUCCAAACAAAACAAUAUUAAGUUGUUUGAUGUUUCGGCCAAUCAAUUAGAUGGGGUUUUAUCAUUUUCUACUUUUGCCAAUGCUUCAAGUCUCCAAGACCUUGAUCUUUCGAGUAAUCUCUUUCGUGGUAAUCUACCUUCAUCAAUAUUCUCCAAACAAAGCAAGAUUCAGUCGUUUUAUGUUUCGGCCAAUCAAUUAGAUGGGGUUUUAUCAUUUUCUACUUUUGCCAAUGCUUCAAGUCUCCGAUUCCUUGAUCUUUCAAGCAACUGCAAUUUGGAAAUUGAAACUGAAUCUCCCUCAUGGGUUCCAACCUUUCAGCUAAAUUCUCUGAACUUGGCGAAUUGUAGCCUCAACAAGAAGAAUGGUCACGUUCUCCCAAGCUUUAUCACCACCCAAGUUGCCUUGGACUCGCUAGACUUGUCUCACAACUUAAUAAAGGGAAGCAUACCUUGUCAGUUGCUAUUCAACACGAGUAUCACAGGUUUAUCCUUGAGAAGUAACAAAAUUGAUGGUUCACUUUUUCUUGGUUGCUUUGCUAAUCGAACUUCAUCACUUCAAUUAUUCGACAUGUCUGAUAAUAAUGUCAAAGGUUCUCUUCCCAAAAAUAUUGGAGAUCUUCUUCCAGACUUAUCCCAUGUUGACAUGUCCUCAAAUGCAUUAGAAGGCUUCAUUCCUUGGUCUUUUGGUAAUCUGCAUUUGGAAGCAUUAGACCUUUCUAAUAACAUGCUCUCAGGGACAAUACCGCAAAGUUUGACUAGAGAUGGCACCCCACUGGUAUAUCUAAAUCUAUCAAACAAUACAUUGAAAGGAGAAAUGCUCCCAAGGGACGCCAACAUGACAAGCUUGGAGUGCUUGCAACUCGGCGGCAAUCAAUUUCAAGGAAUGAUCUCACCCGCAAUAUCAAACAGCCCCUCUCUACUAAUCCUAGAUAUUCGAAACAAUAACUUGUCUGGUAAUAUUCCAAAGUGGUUGUAUGAUCAUCCUCGCUUGGUGCAAGUUCUUUUAAGUGGAAAUCGCUUUGAAGGUCACCUACUCCGAAGAAUGUGUCAAAUGGAAAGUUUGCAAGUUUUCGAUAUCUCUGAUAAUCAUAUUUCGGGAGGUAUUCCCUCCUGCCUUGAUAACAUUACAUUCUGGAAGAAGAGUUCUCCAAGCUCUAAUGGCUCAAACUCUUUCAUGGAAAAGGGUCCGCUGUUUUCCCUGGCACAUCCAACGGGACUAGAGCCUAAAUUCGAAAUUAAAACAGACUUGCGAGUAAAACACGAGGUACAUGCUUACAAAGGUAUCCCACUCUCAAUGAUGACUAUAAUUGACAUGUCAUCAAACCAAUUGACAGGUAACAUUCCUUUUGAAAUGGGAGAAUUGUCGCAGCUUCGGUCCUUGAACUUGUCGAAUAAUUUUCUAACUGGCCCGAUUCCAAAUUCUUUUCGAAACUUGAAAAACAUGGAGAGCUUGGAUCUUUCCCACAACAAGUUGAGUGGGAGAAUCCCUUUUGAAUUUGUUGAAAUGACUUCUUUAUCAGUAUUUAGUGUUGCCUAUAACAAUCUUUUUGGAAGAGUCCCAUUUGAGCGGCAGUUCUCAACUUUCGAGUCGCAAUGCUAUGAUGGAAAUCCAGAUCUAUGUGGAGACCCUUUGCCGAGAAACUGCUCAACUACAAACCAACUUGAACCUGGACAUGAGGAAGAAAAGGAAGAGACUAGAAUAAUCGAUAGCCCUUUAUUCUUCUAUGCAUUUGUUGCUGUCUCUUAUGCAUUCGGAUUUUGGGUUUUCUUUGGGAUCCUAAUCUUUAACAAGAAUUGGAGGCAUAUUUAUUUUAGAGCUGUUGACAGAAUUAUUGAGUCAUGUUUUGAAAUGCUCUAUCGGUGAUUCACAAUAUAUAUAUAUAUACUUCAAAUUAAUGCUUAUCUUCAAUAAAGAUGUUGUAUUGCGAA